AUGGCACCAAAGAAAUAUUCGGUGAAUGACACAGAUUCGGGCUCUGAAUCAAAUAGUGGAUCGAGUGCAAGCCGUAGUCGAAGUCCCAGCCCAGCACCUUCAGGGAAAGAAGGCAGUCAGUCCAGAUCAGUAUCUCGUAGUCCACGCAAAUCAGGUAGUGAAUCUCCAAAGUCAAACCAUUCAGCUCAGUCCAGAAGAUCUUCAAAUGUUUCUAGAAGCAAGUCGAACUCACCACAACGGUCCAACAGAUCCCGGUCAGGGUCUGCACAAAGUCACAAGUCUGGGUUCUCCAGCCCAAAGUCUAAUGUGUCUGGGAGCCCUAAACACAUAGCUUCACGAUCUAGAAGUGGUUCCGGUAGUGUCAGAUCAGGCAGUCCGAAAAGCAGGUCUGCUAGUCCAAAAUCAGGUCAUGAAAGUCCAAAGUCUAGGUCACAGAGCCCCAAAUCGGGAUCACAAAGUCCAAAAUCUCGUUCACAAAGUCCCAAGUCGAGAUCUCAGAGCCCAAAGUCUCAUUCGCAAAGUCCUAAGGCGGUUUCAAAAGCCAGAUCUCGGUCAAAGUCCGGGAGCGGCAGUCCAAAGGCUAGAAAAUCGCGGUCGAGGUCAGGAAGUGCAUCUUCAAGGUCCAAAAGCCCAGUAGCUAGACAAGAUGUUCAGGACAGCAGGUCAAAUUCACCAAAUCUUAUGAUUGAUGAUGAACAGGCUAAAGACAAGUCAAAAAGCAGAUCAAGAUCUGGUUCAAGGCAUUCAAGAUCGAAGUCACGAAGCAAAUCCAAGUCAAAAAGUCGCUCCAGGUCACGCUCUAAGAGCUCCGAGGGCCAAGUCGGUGAACAAAAAAAACGCGCUGUUCUUUCUGAUUCGGACAGUGAGGAUGGAGCGAAUAGUGUUUCCAAGCGCAAGAAGGGCUCUGACAGUGGUUCUGACACCGGUAGUAAGCCCAAGAAGAAGUCUAAGAAGAUUGUUGAUACAGAUGAUGAAGAAGAAGGAGAGAAAAAGGACGGGGAAGGUGUGACGGCGGACGCGCUGUUCGGUGACGCGUCCGAUAUAAGUACCGACGAAGGCGGUGACGACAAGGCAUCAGAGCGGUCGCGCUCUCGCUCCCGCAGUCGUAGCCGUAGCCGCAGCGCGAAGGGCUCCGAUGACGAACGCCGAUCUGGAGAUGAGGCUAAACGUAGUGGGGAUGAGGAAAAUCGUGAGAAACCAGAGGAAGAGGAGGAAGUUGAAAUCCCAGAGACCCGUAUCGAUGUAGACAUGCCUAAAAUAUUGACGGAAUUGGGCAAAGAACUGCACUUUGUCAAGUUGCCUAACUUCUUGUCGGUGGAGACGAGGCCUUAUGAUCCUAACACUUAUGAAGACGAGAUUGAUGAAGAGGAAACUUUGGAUGAAGAAGGAAGAGCUAGGCUUAAACUGAAAGUGGAGAAUACAAUUCGCUGGCGCACAGUGUUCGACAAGGACGGUAAUGCUGUCAAAGAGUCAAACGCUCGGAUGGUGAAAUGGUCUGAUGGAAGCAUGUCCCUACAUCUUGGCUCGGAAAUAUUUGACGUUUAUAAACAACCUCUACACGGAGAUCACAACCAUUUGUUCGUACGCCAAGGUACGGGUCUGCAAGGCCAGGCCGUGUUCCGCACAAAGCUGUCCUUCCGACCUCACAGCACUGAGUCGUUCACUCACAGGAAGAUGACACUGUCUCUAGCGGACAGGUCUACUAAAACUUCGGCUAUUAAGAUACUUUCCCAAGUUGGCGCCGAUCCAGACGCCGAUAGGAAGUAUCAACUCAAGAAAGAAGAGAUGGAGCUCCGCGCGGCCAUGCGGUCCCGCGCGUCGAGCCGGCCCAAGCGGCGCGGGGCGGCGCGCGGCACCGCGGCGCAGCGCGACGACUCCGAGGACGAGGGCGGCGUCUCGCUCGCCGCCAUCAAGAACAAGUACAAGAGCGGACAGAAGGCAUCAGCAGGCGCAGCGAUAUACUCGUCGGAAUCGGACGGGUCGGACGUGGAGACGCGGCGGGCGAGGCGCCUGGACCGCGCCAAGGCCCUCAAGGACUCCGACGACGAGGGCAGCGACGGCGACGCCCCCGCCGACCAGAACACGCCGCGCCGCACCAGCAGCGCCAGUGGCUCCGCCAGCGCCAGCGAGUAG